UCAGCUCGACCAUUAUCAUCUAAAGCUUUGAGUGUAGCCAAGAAGAAACGUGAAAUGAGAGAGAACCUGGAAGAAUCUGCCAUGGAAUUACUGAUACACUUCAAUAACAGAAAUCUUGAUGCUUUAUUACGUGCCACAAGAUAUACUCUGGAGUCUCUACGUAAACGUAUUACAUCC